UACUCUGUUUGGCAAGCAGUUUUCUGACAAUAAAGUGUCCAUAAGAGGAACGAGUAGAAGUGUGGAUUAUGGUUUUGAUUUUAAACUAAAAUAUUCACCAACUGAAGUAAAUUGCCGUUUACCGCCGUGUACACUGCUUGUGUUGUCUUAUAACAUUGAUUAACCACCAAUAUGGCCAUGGACGUAUCACAAAGACCUGCAACAGUAUCAUUUGGAACCGAAGUGAUUCUUGGACGACGGAAAUCACGUGCCUUCAGCAUCAGUCAACAGGACACAAGAGAUACAGAAACUUUCAGACGACAAUCGUAUAAAUAUCAGUUUCCAAACCCAGCAUUAGAAGCUGACAAAAGAGACUUUGACUUGUCAGAAAUACAAGAAAGUGAUAUAAGACGACAUGUAUUUGGGAAACCAGUGGAGGAAAUGGAGUUUGUUGGAUCUGACAACACAGUUAGGAGACCAACGGUAUCUAGUGCACGCCGAUCUGUCCUUUGGUCACGUGAUCGACGGCUGUAUGAAGACAGACAUCGCCAAGAUGUAGAGGAAUUUAGAGAACAACCGUAUAUGAGGCAUGAAUAUCCAACAUUAAGGAAACACUAUCCCGGUACAUGGAGACUAGCGUCAAGAGAUGAAAUCCAAGCCACGACUGAUCGGUUGACAAGUGUUCCUGCUCCAACAUCAGCAAGCAUGAAUUUGCACAAAUUUCAGUGUUUCCUGCACAAUGUAUUGGAAGUAGAAGCACAGGCGCGGAAUCGUGAGCUAAGGUCAUGCCUUCGUAGAAGACCUAAGACAUCUGUAAUAUAAGAUCAUCCAGCGACAUGUAUAAUAUCUGAAUUUAAACCUCGAGAUUUAAACAUAUCAUUUGCCAUCAAAUUCACAGUGGUAGUGAAAUAAUCGUUAAUUUAGAAGUGUACUCAAAUGUUCAGGUACUAAAAUAGUAAUAACUAUCCACGAAGUACUACAAUGUAAUAUUAAGGUGGACAGUCCUGUUUUUAUGUCUUGAUAGAAAUAAAAAUAUUGGCAGUUGUUUUACCUGCUACGAAUGCAAAUGA